CCCAUGGAGCCCUGGCACCAGUAGUGGGGUGUCCCAUGGCUGUGGCCGUAACGGGUCUGGAGGAGGGAGGGAGGAAGAUGGGUUAACUCCAGUGACGAGCACGCCAAACCCGCUUACCCCUCUGGCUAACAGCCGGGGCUGUGUUCUGCUGCACCAAAACAUUCACGGUGUGGCGUGAGCACAGGCAGGAUACGGCCGCGGGAAGCGUGGGGUCAGUCAUGGGGCUACAGGCAGGGCAGUGCCACGGGGAGUGGCUAUGCCGACAGCCUGCGGGGCUGCCUUUGGGGCUAGCUGGGCACGCGGGUGGCGGCCCCGGCGUUACGGGCGGCAGAGGCGCUUGCACGGCACAAGCGGGGGUGGCUCUCCCCACCGCGCAGCCAGCCCCGUGCCCACGGCUCCGCUGUCCACCGGGCACCUGCUCCCGGCGCUGGGCAGGGGCAGCUGCCCGUGUGCAGGCGGGGUGCGCGGGCAGGGAGGGCCCCGCUGCCCCACAGCCGAGCCUCAGCGGUGACUCAGAUGUGCCGCUGGCAGCCGGGGCUGAGGCAGCCGCCCGGAUCUGCCGGCAGCGCUCUGCGAGCGGGACGGCCCAGCGCGGUUUCCAGUCUGCCGGUGGCGGCGGGUUUAGUAGAAAAUGAUUCAACUGCCGUAAUCGGGGCCAUCACGGCUGGGAAAUCCAACCCCCAGCGAGGAAUCCCCUGGCUCCCUGCCCACACUGUCUGUACCGCGGCCCUCUCAGGCCCCAGCCCGGCCAGUGGAAGGGGUGUCAGCGUGGGCACUGCUCGUUGCACCCACCGGAGCUUCCAGAAGAGCGGGGCUGCCCUGCGGACGGCACCUGGCACCCUGCGGGGGAGCAGUGACCUACUUUGGGACGCGCGUAACGAGGCGCGAUAGCAUCGGAGAGAGCGUGAGCCAGGCACGGCUUCCUUUCGGGGAGGAAAUCACCUCCUCUGUGAGGGAGAUAAACCCCAGGAAAAUCAAAGCGGGCAGCGUUAACCCCUACGCGCCCGGCUACCGACACCUCCCUGAGCUAGCGAUCUGUGGCACCACCAGCAGUCCGUGUGCCUGACUCACUCAUUCCCAGCCCUGGGGGCAUGGCAGGGGUCCUGUUGGCACAGGCGGUCGAGCGUCUCGGUGCCGAUCCCCAGGCAGCCUGGAGGCACCAUUUGCAGAGCACACGAGGGCACCUGACAGCCCCCUGGGCACAGGCUGCGGCACAGUGGCCCCCACAGUGCCAGCAGGAAGUUGCUUGCUCGUGUACUGCGGGGAAAGCAGAGCCCAGGGGCUGCCGCGGGGCAUUCCCGGCCCUGGGGCAGCGCACCCACGCGGUUUGGAACAGAGGGCCGCGGCUCCAGCCGUUCUGCCCUGUGCAGGCACCGGUGUCCACACAGUUCCAGGUGACCUUGGCAGCGCUGUGGCUGGCGGCCAGCGAAUCGCAGCCCCCAGGGUGGCGGGACCGCGCCGUGCCGGGAAGGCAGCGGGUCCUGGUGCAGCCACUCCUCCGCCUGCGGAGACAUGCCACCAGACUCCAGUGCCCCGCCGGCACGACCUGGAUCGGGACUGCUCACCAGUGCUGCGAGCCGUGCCCCGCAGGGACAUUCCUGCACGAGGCCUGCACAAGCCCUGAGAAUAAAAGCGACUGCCGCCCCUGCCCUGACCGCACCUUUCGCACCCAGCCCAACAUCCUCAAGAAGUGCCAGGCUUGCUACGAGUGUGACCGACAAGCUUUCCAGAGUGUGCUGAGCAACUGCUCGGCCACCAGCAACGUCGCCUGUGGCUGUGAGCCCGGCCACUUCCGUGUCUGCUUUGACAAGCAGUGCAGCGAAUUCUCUUGCCGGAAAUGCCAGCCCUGCACCGGACGCCUCAUCCAGCGACCCUGCUCGGAGGCACAGGACGCACUUUGCGACAGCAGCUGCAAGCCUGACUUCUACAGAGAGGGUGAUGAGUGCCGGCCGUGCCACACGAGCACCCUCGACAAGUGUGGCAAAGAGUGCCAGCAAGUGUGCGGCAGCAACAGCGACCAAGGCUCAGGUCUGGAGUACAUCCUGCUGGGACUCACCGGGCCUCUCUUCCUGGGUGCCCUUGUCAUCUACCACAAGAGGAAGAGGCUCUGGCAUGGUGCCCUGGCAGGUGGUCCCCUCCCCAUGGCACAGGCAGGGGUUGCAGCCACACCAUGGUGCCAGUUUAAUGCCCGGAGGUGGGACAACUUCUGCUGGACCCAGCCAUACUCCCCACCGGGGACAGAACGUGUCACUGACACGGCAAACCAGAGGCUUAAACACCAAGCCUCGUGGCGUGAGCAGCCUAGUGAUGAAGGGGAGCCCUCUGCACCUCCAGAGCCCCGUGGUGCCCUGCUGCAGGGCAGCCAGCUCUAUGCUGUCAUUGAUGUGGUGCCAGUACGGCGUUGGAAGGAGUUCAUGCGAAUGCUGGAGCUGCGGGAAGCAGAGAUUGAGCUGGUAGAGCUGGAGGUGGCCCACAUUCGUGACCAGCAGUAUGAGAUGCUGAAGCGCUGGUGCCAGCAGACCAAUGCCACACUGGACCACGUCUUUGCUGCCCUAGAGCGCAUGGAGCUUGCUGGCUGUGCUGAGGCACUGCGCCAGAGUCUGCUCGUGGGACCCUGAUCCCCACUGUCAGCACCCUGGCACAGGGAGGUCCCAACACCUCCACAUCUCACUGGGCACCUCAUCCCAGCCAUACCCCUAAGUAUUGUUACUUAUGCCGUGUAGACAUUUUAUGUCAGUUUUAUGUCCCCUUCUCACCUGCCUGUCCCCUCUAUUUAUGGCCCCCUGCUCCCAGGGCCGGGGAGGACCCCAUGCCCCAGCACAUCGGCUGCCCAGCCACUCGCGGGACGAGCAGGCACCGAGCCCACCGCGAACCCAUGGGAUAGUUCUCAAGGCUGCCCGCUGCCGGGCGCUCCUUCCCCCUCCCCAAUAAAGUGGUGUUCUC